AUGGCGACUCCUCUGCCUCGAGAUCCAACCUGCCAGGACCUCGAAAGGUUGCCGUCACGCUUGAGUGAAGAUGCUCUGUUCCGCCAACAGACAUCCAAGCCGCUCCAAUGGGCCGAUGACGCCGAGCAAUCCGAGGAGGACAUCCUCACCACAGACACCUCUGGACCCGCCACACCUCUAGGCUCAAGCUCUCGUAGCGCUACACCUCUCACCGUAGCCUACUGCGGCAAGGAAUCUAAGAAUGUCGCCGUCACAUGCGGCGUCCGAGCCUGGACCAAACAUCAGGCGUACGGCGCCAGCGGUGCUCUGAUCAAAUACGCCACAGGAACCCCGCUUUUGCCACAGCAGGUGGCUGAGAUGGUUUCCAAUCUCUCCGUCAUUGCUCGUGUCUCGCUGAAGGCUGCCGCUUUCUUCAUCGAAGUCAUCCUUGAAUCGGUCAAAAAUAGCACUGGAAUGACACUUGGAAUCACUCGACGUGCACUCAUCAGUGCAGUCGGCACGGCUAGAGCCGUCCACUCACUCACCUCAGGCGAAGUAUGGGAUGCCAAGGCUACGGGAACGUCACAUCAGACCACAAACACUUCCUUUCUCAGCAUCCUCGACAAGUACACAGCAGUUGGCAUCUAUCUCAUCCACCACACGUUCACGCUGACGGAGCUCUUUGCUAUGGGCACUUUCCAGAUCAUCGGCACCACUCUCACUGCCGGACUCGCAGCUGCUGACGAGUCCGUGCGUACCAUCGACGGCAUUUUUGGCUCCAAUGAGACAUCGCGAGCGCUUGCAUCAUUCAUCACUCUCGUCCGCAGCGAGACCGGAGGAGAUCAGCGCUUCUCCAACGACAGCACCAUCUCGAUUCUCAACAAGCUCACCAAAGCCGUCACUGCCUUCGCUGUUCUUCAAAACUCGACGUACAAGCGCAGCGCCAAGAGCAUGAAGAUGCGCGUCAUCUACGAUUGCACGGUGCUCGGAGAGGUAGAAGCCAAAACUUGGCGCUCGCUCAUGGUUGGGUCCGGCAAUUUCGUUCGUGCUAGACCCGCUGCACUACUGGCGUCAGCCGCUGAAGGGCUCGAGUCGAUGUCGCUUCGCUCUCCACCUCGCAGGACUGCAUCUCUCCUCACCGCAGCAGACGAUGAUCGACGCGAAAUGACGGGCGGCAACAGUCUUCCUUCAUCAAGGUCAAGAGGCUUUCUUGGAGAUGGGCUCUGUUUGACCGACGUCGUGCCCCCGCCUUCUUGGCACGGAACGCAGAUGUCUUCAAAUGCUGCCGAUUGUGACAGCGAGGCAGGUGGUGACGCUGAUUCUCUGAUGGCUGACCUCGAUUUCCUCGUUGGCGCUGGAGACGAGGAUGUUGUGAGCGACACAAGUCUCACCGAUGACCAGCUUCCACCACAGCUUCGCCGUCAACUUGAAGUAUUCACGGACAACGAGCUUCGCGACGGGAUCAGGUUGCGAGACACUUCCAAAGUUGGGGCACCAGAACAGCAUUUUCGACGUGUCCGCAAGACGAACCGGGCAAACGGCAAGAGGGAGACCAUAUACGAGAUCACGACCGAGGUCAUCGAGACCAUCGAGACGGAGACUAUCGAGACCACGACGAUGUAUGGGCAAGCCAGAUCGUCUCUCAGGGAAGGUGGGCACUUGACCCGUGCUUCUAAUCCUCAAGGCACGUCGGACUGCAGUACAACCCCCGAAUCGACCCCGAAUUCAGACAUGUUGCAGCGCCACGUCUCCAGCUCCAGGAAUGACACAGAGACGCGCUCGAUCUUUGAUGGUGGAAAAGAGAUCAAGUUGGAAGAGGACGAAGAAUGGUGUGAGAUUCGCACGACAGGUGCAAGUAACACAGCAGACCUUGACCAAACCGGAUCGGCGCAUCUUGGUGGUUUCAUCCAGGCCGACGACCAAGACGCAAAGGCUCUGACGCUUCCCGAGGCCCCGAAUGGUCACAAGUUGACUACAAACAGCAAGAACGAUACAUCGUCUAAGGUACCCGUUGUACUCAAGACCAUGACCAGAAAGCUGAUCCAGAAGCGCAAGACCGUUCGCAAAAUACAUAUCAACGACACGCGCGACGACAUGAUCGAUGACGUGAGCGUAGACCAACCGGCGAGGGCGAUUCGUCGAUCGCAAAGCCCGGUAUCUCCGGUCCGACUUUCUUCAGUCAAAGCUCAACGCGAUGCAGCUAAGGUGACGGAGAAGAACACGCAUACUUCCGGUGGACGGGUGAGACAAGAGCCAUCGCCGAGCAAGGGCGUUGAUCUUGGCCGUGGUCUCAACAAGGUUCUCCGACGCGCGAAAUAUCCUUUUAAAAGCGACUCCUCGACGGACAGAUCGGUUGCUCCUGAUCUUCCAUCAAAGCAGCCACAGGCCACCAACAGGGCGUCCGUGUCCAAUGAUACAGGACGCGCUCCACCUCUCGCCUUCACGUCCCCCCGACAGUCGCCGAGCAAAAGCAAGCGCGCCUCGGAGACCGAGUCGGGAUCAGACCUCAAGGUUACGAAGCGUAGUGCAAUCACAGACUUCACUGAGAAGGUCAGCCCUUGCGCGGUGAUGAAGGAACUGCCUUCUAUUCCCCAAAGAGGUGCGUCGUAUCAGACACUGUUUCCAACCGAGUCAGGACGAGCGGGCAUUGUUUCUUCGACGCCCAAAGGCUCUUUGCGUGACAGUAAGCGCCGCAAUAGGGCACCCUCCAUCACCUCGAUUCGCUCGUUUGCUUCACGCUCUCAUGUUUCCAGCUUAUCAGCACCCGCUGACGCCGACAAGGGAAAACAUGCUCGAGACGCCACAGCGUUCCCGCAAGCCCACUUGGUGGAAAACUUGCGUCGCUUCAUGCGGUAUUCGUCCGCAGCAUACGGGCAAAACUUCAUGCGAAUCCUCGGCAUCGGUAGCCUGGACUACUUUUUCCCGGAUACAAGCAAGCAUCACGCCAACGUAUGGGCUUUUGCUCAUCACGUGGGGAUCCCAGUCGACUGCAUUCUCCUAAACAGCUUCUCUGAGGCGCAGCCGCUGUUCACAGAGCAGAUGUCGCCGCUCGUCAACUACGUCUCGGUUGACGAUGGAGCCAAGGCGGUGGUCCUCACCUGUCGCGGUACGAUGGGUCUGAGCGACAUCCUCACGGAUCUCACGUGCGACUUUGAAACCAUCGCAGUCGAAGGCGGGAGAUCAACCAAGCUGUACCAGGUCCAUUCAGGGAUGUUGGCUAGCACGCGUCGACUUUGCAACGAGAACAGCACUGUCAUGCAGACUGUGCGACGGGCUUUGGAGGAUAAUCCGGACUAUGGUCUGGUCCUGACGGGACACUCUCUGGGAGGAGGUGUGGCUUCCCUGGCAGCCAUCGAGCUCAGCUGUCCGGCUGAUCUUUUCCGACAACAAGCACUACUCAGAAGGUCACAGGGUGGGCAUCACACCCAACACCCGCGCAUCUACACGCCAUUUGUUACAUCGAUGGACAGUGGAUUGCCGGCGGGUCGUCCGAUCCAUGCUUAUGCAUACGGAGUGCCCGCAGUCGCUUCACCCGACCUUUCGUCGCACUGCAAAGGGCUUGUGACUAGCAUCAUCCAUGGUCACGACUUUAUCCCCACUCUAUCGCUCGGCAUGGUGCGCGACUUCAAAAAUAUCGCACACGCACUCAGCCAAGAGAGUGACUCGGACAUUGCGCGUGAGAUCAUCACUCGCGUGCUGGGCACCUACCGCAAACGAUCUGGUCUUCGCGCGAGUCUAGGAUUCAAGGAGAAGGUUCCUGAACAUCUCGCCUCACUGGAAGCGCCUCGUCCGCAAGAGAUACCGCUGGCCGAGCGUGAACUGAAGCUGAGCCGAGAAGAGCUGAUGAAGGGCAAAACGCGAAACCUUGCCGCCGACUCGGACUACACGGAUCCCAAUCUCAGGGAAGACGAAUUGGAUCCAUUCUCUUACUCUUCGGGAGGCGGUCACAUUCGACCAUCCACAUCGACUAACCAAGCCCCGUCUCCGCCGGAUGCGGAGGGCGAUACCGGACUGGCGGACUGGCUCUGGUCGCUCAUCAAAACGAUCCGUGCCGACAUGGAUUCCGCCAAACUCUAUCCACCUGGCGACGUGUACUGCAUCGAAAGCUUCCCCGUCUUUGUCACUUCGAGGAUGCAAGCUGACAGCGACAUCGUCUUCGAGCGGACGGAAGCCAAGCAAGGCACGAGGAGGGCCGAAGCGCACAGGGUGAUUUUGAGGUUCUGCGAGGACGUGGAGAAGCGCUUCAGCGAGCCCGUCUUCGCAAAGAGCAUGUUGAGGGAUCAUAUCCCCACGAACUACGAGUUGUGUAUGAGUUUGCUUUACGAAAGUGUGAUGGAGGGGGAGGGUGGGGGGUGA